CUUGCAAUCCAAAUCCAUCAACACCGCGCAUGGCGCCAUUCAUGGUCACCUUUGCCAUCCCCCAUCACCACACGCUCGCUCGGACCACACACACACACAGCCAUCCACCACCACCACCACCACCACCACCACUCUCUAGCCCCGCCUCUCCCUCCUCGCCGUGCCAUCACAAUGUCCGCCUCUUCCCCUCGCGACAAGUUUCUCGCCCUCUUUCCCAAGCUCAGUCAGGAGCUGCUGGCCUAUCUCCGCGCAGAAUCCAUGCCAGCCGAGGCAAUCUCUUGGUUCGAGCGCAAUUUGCAGCACAAUACCCCAGGUGGUAAGCUCAAUCGCGGCUUGAGCGUCGUCGACACGGUCGACAUUCUGCUCUGCACCGACGAGCAGGGCAACAAGGUCAAGCAGCUGACGGAGCAGCAGUGGGAGGAUGCUGCCAUCCUCGGUUGGUGCAUCGAAUUGCUGCAAGCUUACUUUUUGGUGGCAGACGACAUGAUGGACGCUUCCCUCACUCGUCGAGGUCAACCUUGCUGGUACCGCGUUCCAGGCGUGGGAAAUAUUGCCAUCAACGACGCAUUCAUGCUCGAAGCUGCCAUCUACCACCUCCUCAAGCUGCACUUUAGGGAUCGUCCUUACUACGGCCACCUGCUGGAGCUCUUCCACGAGGUCACCUUCCAAACCGAAUUGGGUCAGCUCGUUGACCUCAUCACCGCGCCAGAGGAUGACGUCGAUCUCAACAGGUUCAGUCUCAAAAAGCACCACCUCAUCGUCGUCUACAAGACGGCCUUCUACUCCUUCUAUCUCCCCGUCGCCCUGGCAAUGCGCAUGGUCGGAAUCAAUGACGAAUCGCUGUACAAGCGCGCGCUAGACAUUCUCUUGCCGCUCGGAGAGUACUUUCAGGUGCAAGACGACUACCUCGACUGCUACGGCGCUCCCGAGGUCAUUGGCAAAGUCGGCACCGACAUUCAAGACAACAAGUGCUCCUGGAACAUCAACAUUGCGCUAGAAAACGCAUCUCCCGAGCAGCGCGCAGAGCUGGACAAGCACUAUGGCCAACGCAACAGCGAUUCCGAAGCCAAGGUCAAAGCAGUGUUCAGUGCUAAGAACAUCGACGUCGAGGGCAGGUUCAAAAAGUACGAAAAGGAGUCUCACGAGAGGCUUACGGAGCUCAUCAAGGAGCUGCCGCAAAAUGUCGGUGCGGGCGAGAAGGGCAUUGGUCUGAAGCGAGAAGUAUUUACCAGCUUUUUGGAAAAGGUGUACAAGCGCACCAAGUGAGACGAGAAGAGUGCGUGCGCGCGGAGCACGAUUCGAUCAUGUGUUCGUAGUAGAGCGAUGAGCGAUCAAGAAAUCAGACCGUCUGCCGCCAUGCUACCUUGCGCGCACUUCUCC